GCAUCAUUCACAGGAUCAUAUUCCACUGAACUGCAGCCAUGUUUAUCUUGUUCCCAGAAAUAUGAGCAGAGUGAGACGUCACUGCAUCAUCCUCUCCACUGGAGUGGUCCUCGCGGGAGUGGAGGCCCCGCCCCCUGUGCUACGUCACCACAGUGUUAGAUAAUAAACAGGGUUGUUGUUAAAUGUACUUCAGCUGAAACCAGAAGUUCCAUCUGGACAGGAAGCUGGACCCACCCGUCCUCCUGACGAAGCUGCUCCACCGGGUCUGUCAGAACCUCCCUCUGUUCACCUGAGAACAAACUGUCCUCACAGACACACAAAACAGCCACAGACACAAAACAGCCACAGACACAAAACAACCACAGACACACAAAUCAGAAAACAAAUGAACAAAUUCAGCUUCAAACUAAAGGCUCGGUAUCUGUGUUGUGUGGCGGGACAUUGUUCGCCCUGCUGCUGUAGUGAACACCUGUUCACCUGUCUGAAAUCAAAGGGACCACCACGCCUGGAGGACACGUCACACUAUCAAACAUCCAAUCAUCAUUAUUAUCAUAAUGAUAAAGUCUUAAAGAAAGAGCUCAACACAGUCCGGGGGGCCAGUCAAGGCACCAACAUAUAUUUGUAAAUGGCACUAAAGAGUCUGGGAGUCUGGGAACCUCCUGUUCUGUGUCUGAGGCAGUAACAUUUGGAGAUCUGGAGGAAAUGUUCUGAUCUUCCCUCCACGCUGCGUGUUAUUAAAGAGGUCUGAUUCAUACGCUGAAGUCUAAAAUUCUUCGGAGACUUAGCAGCUCUCAACCUCACAAGGAGAAUUUUUCCACCACACCUCUUCACCUGAGGUGUGGAGAGGCGUCUCGGCAAUGUCUCUGCAGCUCUGUCUGCUGCAGGCGUGAACAGGUGGGCUGACAGGUACUGUCCAGUAAAACCUGUCAUUCCUGACGUCACCUGUCGGAGCAGUUUCCACCAAUCAGCAGCUCCUGCUGAUCUGUGAUGAAGCCCCGUCUGUCACCACUGCUCCCACACUCAUAUCUGCUGCUCUACCUGAAACAUCCACACAGGUUUCAAGUCGUAUCCUCGUCAUGGCCCACUGCAGCAGAACUGUGGCCGAUAUAAAGAGGUCCAUUCGGUCCGGUCAAUACCUCAAUUCAAAAGACACCACAGAGUUCUACGACCGCUGGGCCCAGACGUACGAGCGGGAUAUGAUGCGGAUCGGCUACAGACCAGCACAUCUGGCUGUAGAUUUCCUGAAUGCCAACUUCUGCGGGAGGCGUGAGGAGGUUCAGGUUCUGGACGUCGCCUGCGGCUCUGGACUGGUCGCUAAACUGAUGUCUGAACUGGGCUUCAGGCACUUUGUGGGAGGCUCCCUCCCCCCCAGCUGCAUGUCGAAUCAGUUUGUUCUUAAACUCAGAGACGCUUCAGGAAACUAA